AUGCCAUUCCUUCAAUCUGGAUCCGAAUCGCCCGUCAAUGCCGAGAAGACCCCCGGCGCGUUUGAGAAACUCGUGGAGGAUUUGAGUACCGUUCUCGGCCCAAGCUCUGGCCUUGAUUCCGACGAUAUUGACCCCAUUAUAAUUCAGAAGCUUAUGGAGAAAUAUGUCUCUGACUCAAAGGAAUGGGAUCAGUAUGCCCUCGGCGACGCUAGUAGGGGGUAUACAAGAAACUUAAUCGACGAGGGAAAUGGCAAAAGUAAUUUAUUGAUUCUUGUUUGGAGUCCCGGAAAAGGAAGUGCGAUUCACGAUCACGCCAACGCGCAUUGUGUGAUGAAGAUCCUCAAGGGAAAGCUCCAAGAAACCCUAUAUUCCUGGCCAGAUAAGGAGAAGAUUGCCAUUGGAGAGACAUCACCUCCAAAAAUUACUCGACAGACUGUUUAUGGCGAAAAUGAAGUCACUUACAUGUCUGAUAAGCUUGGCCUUCAUCGAAUCUCCAAUCCCGACCCCGACAAUUUUGCCAUCUCUCUACAUCUUUACACUCCUCCUAAUGCUGCCAAUCAUGGCUUCAGCCUCUUUGACGAAAGAACCGGGAAGGCCAGUCACAUCAAACAGACGCACUUCUAUUCCGUCCGUGGGAAACGUCUUGGUGACGAAUAG